AUACCCAAUAGCCCAAAACCCAUGACCCAAUAGCCCAAAACCCGUUACCCGUUACCCGCUAUCCGUUUCUUCCUCACCCGUUUUCCGUUCCUUCUCUUGUCCCCUAAAACCCCAUUUCUCAUUGGAUUCUCUGCAACUGAGUGAAGUAAAACAAAGCCACUGUUCCAUUUCUAAAUCCCCGGUCUUUGCUCUAUAUGAUGUCUUCAAAAACAGACGGCGCUGGAGAACCAUAGAUGUGGCAUUUCUUCUCUGAUUCUCGCCUGAGACCGCCAAGUAAUCUGAAUUCGGAUAUCGGUAUCGUGACGGGCUUGGCCGACGAGGAUACGACUCGGAUGCUUCGAUGGCUUGACCCAUCAUCUUCAAAACACGGGUUCACUGACCACAAGUGAGAGAGCGCCGUGGGCAGGGGAGGAGGCGAAACGUCUUAUCGCCCGAGCGACCUUGAAGAACGAAAUUCAAAGCCCAUAUACCCAUAUCCUCAGAAAAAUGAGGGCUCUGCAAAUGAAGGCUCCAACAUCACAGCCAUUCCCAUUUGGGCCAUUCAACUCAGCCAUGCAGAGAAGAUGGAAGAAGCCAGCAGAUACAGCGCAGACUCGCUUGGAGAACAGAACCAGAGACUCCCAACUCGACAAGCUCACAGCCAACCUCAAGAGACUCGCCACUGUGCUCCAGCUCCAACACCUCAUCUCCAAACGAAGAGGCCCACAUGUGUCCGUGCAGAUCAUGUCUCGGUGGAAGAACAUUGUGGGACUCAACGUGGACAUGGGUCAGUUACUUCGGAAAUACCCUCAUAUCUUUGAGGUUUUUACGCAUCCGGUGAAGAGGAACCAGUGCUGUAGGGUUUCCAGGCGGAUGGAGGAUUUGAUGUUGCAGGAAGAGGCUGCUGUUAAGGAAUGCGAAUUGGAGGCGGUGAGGCGGCUGAAGAAGCUUCUGAUGAUGUCAGUGAGUGGUACUCUUCGUGUUCAUGCUUUAUGGUUGAUUAGAAGGGAACUAGGUUUGCCUGAAAGCUUUAGGGAUUCUAUUAUCGCCAAGUAUUAUGAUGAUUUCAAGCUAGUAGAUUUAGAGACCGUGGAGUUGGUGGGCAGAGAUGAGGAUUUGGGGGUUGCCCAGGUUGAGAUUUGGAGGGAGAGAGAGUAUAGAGAGAAAUGGUUGAGUGAAUUUGAGACCAAAUAUGCAUUUCCGAUCAAUCUCCCAACUGGGUUUAAGAUUGAGAGUGGGUUUAGGGAGAAAUUAAAGAACUGGCAAAGGCUUCAGUAUCUGAAGCCUUAUGAGAGGAAGGAAGUUGUUCGGGUUCGGACUUGUGGAGGGAUUGAGCGGUUUGAGAAGCGGGCAGUUGGGAUUCUUCAUGAGCUUCUGAGCUUAACUACAGAGAAGAUGGUUGAGGUUGAACGAUUGUCUCACUUCUGGAGGGACUUUUGCAUGGAAGUAAAUGUGCGUGAACUCCUUCUGAAGCAUCCCGGGAUUUUCUAUAUAUCUACCAGAGGAAACACGCAAAUGGUUUUUCUCAGGGAAGCUUAUAGGAGAGGGUGCUUGAUUGAACCAAACCCAGUUUAUGUGGUUAGGAGGAAAAUGCUGGACCUUCUUUUGUUAGGAUGGAGACAUAGUAGAGAGCUUCACAUUGAGAGCAAGGAGGAGAGUGACAAUGUGGUAGGUGAUGAGGAUGUGGGAGUUCCAAGAGAUGGAGACUGGGUCAUUCCAAUUCUGGACAACUUUGAUGAUAAUCUCUGUGAGAUUAGUGAUUCAUCUGUUGAAGAACUCAAUGACUACUCUGAGAAUAAAAACAGUAGAAAUGAACACAAAUUAGAAGGAUGAAACUUAAGAUAUAUCCACGUCUUCUUGUUUCUUCUCUUCAAUGACUUUGUCUAUGAGGUCCUAUCCUGCAUGGACAUCCAGAAGGUUACCUCCAGAGUUGGGUCAGUUGGAACAAGUAAGAAUGAGGUAAGCUUGAUACAGGCAAUUUUUCUAUACCUAAGGAGUGCUGUUUCUCAUUGUGCAUGGUCCAUUUAUGCAUGAUUUUCUUUGGUUCUUAAGCUUUUAACUUGCAGUCUUUUCAUGAAGAGUACAUAAACUAUCAUCAUGAUGGUUGAAUAUAUAGUAUGAUAGUUCAGAAUGUUUGUAUUACUGACACUACACCAAUAUUUCAUUUUCUGGUGCUCAAUCUUAAUGAACUGACUUAGGUUGUAGUGAAGAAGCAUGGAAUGCCCUCAAAUGGAAUGCAUAAAUUUCAUUUUUCUUUUUCUUUUUUCUUUUUUCUUUUUUGUUUGGGUGCAUUUUAACUUAGUGAAACGUAUUAAGCUUGAUUUUGAAUGGAAAGUAUGCACGGGAGUAGUGAAACAUGUAGGAAACUUGAUGUUGUUAGUUAGUGUGAAUCUCUAUAUUUUCAUCAUGUAAAUUCCAAGCCCCAUUAGAUAGUAUGUAUUUUUUAGGAGCCAGUCCUAAUGGGCACUCUAAUUUACUUCAAAUGUAGGCUGAAGGAAAACAGUUGUGAAUCCUUUCCUUAUGGGUGAGCAUCGUAUUGUAUGUUGUGGGUGAGCCUUGUAUUGUAUGUUAUGUGUGCAUGAGUUGUAUUCCCUGUUUUUAUCGAUUUCUGCCUUUAUAAUAUAUCGUUAAUUUGCCUGUCAAAUAAAAAUCAAAUAAUAGUUAAAAAGAAAAAAAGAACAUUUUAGUCAUGUAAGUUUGCAAGUAAAAUGGUCAAAACUCAUUCAGUGUAACUGAAUUUUAAUUUAUUUGAUAUACUUUCUAGGACCUACUGGCUGAUGUUUUUAUCCUUUUUUUGGUGCUAAAUGAGAUGAUACCGAACGGGACCCUUCAGGAAAUUACAUCUGGAAGAUGUCAUUGAUGAGAUCCACCCACUGGUGGAUGAUGAUGUCAUCAUGUGUACAAAGCUGACAUCACACACAUGUGCAACCGGCCUAAGCUGAGUAUUUACUGUGAUCAUUCACUUAUACCCGAUUGUGUUUCUCUGUUAUUAAGAUGACAAAGGAAUAAAAAAUGAACUAGAGAAGGGGGAAGGGUAGGUUGGUGGUUAUUGCUGGGAGGAGGGAGACUUGCUGCACUUAAUGUCUAGGAAAUAGCGAGAGUAGUUCUAGUGGGCAUCAUCCACCAUGUCUAGAGAGAUAGUUCACUUUUACUUCCCUUCAUUUAGUAGGAAAAAAGGAAAGAAAGUUAACUUAUAGAGCAGGGGAUAAGUAAUUCAACUCAUUCUAAAGUGGAAAAAAUAUUUUAGUAGAGCAUUAUGCUUUCUAUUUGUAUUUCUUGUAAAGCAGUAAACAACUCAACUUUUUUUGCCUGUCUCUUGGUUUUUUCCUUUUUUUUUUCUUUUUUUCAGAUGCCUUUUGGUUUUCAUGUUGAUGUAAACUUCUUCUGGUUUCUAUAGAUGUUAAAGACCCUCUCUGAGCUUGUUCUAUUUGAGGACUCUGGCAACCGGUGCAGUCUUAGCAGACCAAUACUGAGCUUGAUACUUGCCAGUGAAGGAUUUUUAUACCCUUGUUGCUUCACUCCUUGUUUUAACUGAUUUUCAAAUCACAUAUGUAACAUUCUUGACAUCAUAAUUGUUAAAUUGACUUCAUAUUUGCAGUUCAAAUGUGUCACAAUCCCAAGUGAGGCAAUCAGGGGAUCAGUGAGAUUUAACACUAACCCCAAGAAUAAUGUCUGAGAUUGCUGAUGUGUUGAGGAUGGCUGUUUUUACUUGUGGGUAUAUAUGAACUGGGGACAUACCGUCAGCUUGGGACAACGUACGAGAUUUUUUAUGUUGGAUAGAGGGGAUUCAGAAAAUAUCAUCCAAAGCUUAGAAGCAAGAAGCAUUGUGAUUCAGAUGUUGAUGUUCACUGUAGAUUUAAAAUGCUUUAUAAUUUGCUAGUAUCACAUAAAUAUUGAGACUUCCACCUUUUUUAUUUCUUCGAGUCAGAAGGCCUAGGCACACCACAAGAAUGCCCUAUACCCCCCUGAGAAUCAAUCUCAAGCCUGCAGGAGGGGGUUUGUACAGGGAGCUGGAUGUGCUUGAUCUCAGAAUCCUGUGAUUGAACGAUGAUCAGUCCUCUUCAAUCUUGGAAGACCAGACUUUUGCUGACCAAAUCUCAGCACCGAGUGUAGUCUAAUCCCACUAUCAGACCUUUAACACAGGCUAGUUUUUAGGCUCAGAUUAUUGAGCAAUGUGGGUUAGGGAAUUUAUAGUGGAGAAGAUAUUCUGCUAUUAUCAUUUCAUGAGCCCCCACGGGGUGAAGAUAUUAUGCUCAAAUUCUAUAUCAAAAUCACAUAAUAUUUGAAGUUUUUAGUCCUCUAUGCGGAGCUUCAUCAGCUUGUGGAGGCUGUUCAUCUUCAGCUCAUCAGACCUUUAAUAGGCAUAAAGCACCGGAGUUGGGGGACCGUAAUUGCUUGCAGUUAAUGUAGAUUUUGAGCACGGUAACUGUGGCAGUGGGAGUGGCCGCGACAAGGUGUGGACGGAAGAGUAAAUGCACAGCUGAAGCUAAAUUAACCCUGCGGAGGAAGGGAGUUAUAACACCAAGUCAGUGAACUUAAAUUUAACUUCCAGGUGUCAUUGUACUUCACUCCAAUAAGUUGGAGAAAAUGAAAGAGAUGACUUGAGCAUUGCCAUUGCUAAAUAAUGGCCAGUAUUUAUUCAAGCCAGUCAAGUUUUGAACA